AUGGCAUACACCCCACGCCCACAAUUUUUGUUAACCCUCUUUCGGGAACUGUUCAAUACUAUCAUCUAUUCCGCAGGAAAUGAUCCACUACUUGCGCGAGCUCAUCGACUCUUUCAGAAAGACCCUGCUCAAACCAACAAUGUUUUACUUUUAGCACCUAUUUCUCUCGGGAUUAUCCUCAAACUUCUAAUCCGAUACAUCAUUAGCCAUGUCUUAAUGUCUAUCCUGAUCCUCGAAUCUGUGGAUAAGCAGGUCAAUAUCUCUCAGUGCCGCCCUUUACCGCAGGGGGGUUUCCGUCUUCUCCUGAAUGGCAUCGGUUCCGCUUGUACCUACUGGGUGAUGCACUCCUCGUUGACGAAAAUAUCAACUACUCUGCUUCCUACUCCGGUGGCGUAUAUUAUUGCAUCAGUCCUACUCGCGGAGACCCAUUUCUUCUGGACCGCGCACACCAUCCUUCCGCGCAACCAGCUACGCUUCGUGCCUAGUCCCCGCGAUCGCCGACGAUGGAGAGCUCUGGCACUUCCCACUUUGAUCUACUCCGCGGCCGAAGCAGUGAUGAUGUAUUUGCCGGCUCUAUUCAACAGCAUUCUUGCUCCGGCGUCGAACCAGAAGGUCACGAUAGAGGGGUUAUCGUAUAUUGUGAGAUCCGAUAUCCUGAUAUCGGUGCUCAUGCUCUUUACCCAGCUGUCUCUCCUCCUUCCCUCUUAUAUUGUGUUAAUUCUGGUGCAAGCCAGUCUUCUGCCACCCAGCUGCGAGACGCUGAUUUUUAGGCGGUCACGAGAGCAGCAGCAAGGUAUACGGGUAGGAGAGAUCUUUUCGGCGGCUAACCGAGGACCGCUACAGGUACGGGAGGCGGCGCAAAUGAUUGGGAUACGAAGAUUGCUUUACUGUCUGGAAAUGCAUGGAAAGAUGUGUUUAUGUUUGCUUGUAAUUGCCGCUAUGGUGCAUUUGAUGGUCUACUCUAUUUUAUAA